AUCUGAAUAAUAGUGUGAUAACAGAGCAAAAAAGAAUCGAAUCUUUGGAUGUUGAUGAACUUGCACAAAUUAAUGAGGAAGCAAAAAGUUUCAAAGAAUAUUCACGAAUAAAACUACAAGUAGAAAUGUUUAAAAAAAAAGAACAAAGACUCAAAGAAAGGAUUAAAGAUUAUGAAUCCAAAGAAGAUUAUUAUAACGAAUGCACAUUUUCACUAAUUGAAUGCUUUAUUAAUAUUAAAUGUUGGAUGCUAACAUAUUUAGAAAAUUAUAGAUGUGCAUACAAAUAUUGGUCCCUUUCUGAAUCUGAAGUUGAGCUUUCUGUUAAGAAAACUACCGAAAGACACAUGAAAGAUAAUAAUAAAAUUUAUCAAGAAUUAGAAAACACAUACUAUAAAUUUGGGC